UGGUAACCGGUCGCGGCGGUCCCGGCUGCUGGGGCGCGGGCGGCGGAGGCCGCCGAGGUCUGUGGGCCGGAGCCCACGCCGGGCCCUUUCUGCCUGUGCUGCGAUGGCGGCCGCCGCGGCGGUGGUGACGCCUUCGGGUUUGGAGGAUGGGGUGUCUCGGUCCCGGGGCGAUGGGGCGGGGGAGGUGGUCGUGGAACGGGGGCCCGGCGCGGCCUACCACAUGUUCGUGGUGAUGGAGGACCUGGUGGAGAAGCUGAAGCUGCUCCGCUAUGAGGAGGAGCUCCUCCGGAAGAACAACCUGAAGCCCCCGUCCAGACACUAUUUUGCACUGCCUACCAACCCUGGUGAACAGUUCUACAUGUUUUGCACUCUUGCUGCUUGGCUGAUUAACAAAGCAGGGCGUCCCUUUGAGCAGCCUCAAGAAUAUGAUGACCCUAAUGCAACAAUAUCUAACAUAUUAUCUGAGCUUCGAUUAUUUGGGAGAACUGCAGAUUUUCCUCCUUCAAAAUUAAAAUCAGGUUAUGGAGAGCAUGUGUGCUAUGUUCUUGACUGUUUAGCUGAAGAAGCGUUAAAAUAUAUUGGUUUCACCUGGAAAAGACCAACAUACCCAAUGGAAGAAUUAGAAGAAGAAACUGUUCCAGAAGAUGAUGCAGAAUUAACGUUAAAUAAAGUGGAUGAAGAAUUUGUGGAAGAGGAGACAGACAAUGAAGAAAACUUUAUUGAUCUCAAUGUUUUGAAGGCCCAGACCUAUCGCUUGGAUAUGAACGAGUCUGCCAAACAAGAAGAUAUUUUGGAAUCCACAACAGAUGCUGCGGAAUGGAGUCUGGAAGUGGAACGUGUACUACCACAACUGAAAGUCACGAUUAGGACUGACAAUAAGGAUUGGAGAAUCCAUGUUGACCAGAUGCACCAACACAAAAGUGGAAUUGAAUCUGCUCUAAAGGAGACCAAGGGAUUUUUGGACAAACUCCAUAAUGAAAUUAGUAGGACCCUGGAAAAGAUUGGCAGCCGAGAAAAGUACAUCAACAAUCAGCUUGAGCACUUGGUUCAAGAAUAUCGUGCAGCCCAAGCCCAGCUGAGUGAGGCAAGAGAGCGAUACCAGCAGGGAAAUGGCGGCGUGACGGAAAGGACCAGACUCCUGUCUGAGGUUACAGAAGAACUAGAAAAGGUAAAACAAGAAAUGGAAGAAAAAGGGAGCAGUAUGACUGACGGUGCUCCUUUGGUGAAGAUUAAACAGAGCUUAACAAAGCUGAAGCAAGAAACCAUUCAGAUGGACAUUCGAAUCGGUGUUGUGGAACACACAUUACUCCAGUCCAAACUGAAGGAAAAGUCCAACAUGACCAGGGACAUGCAUGCCACAGUCAUUCCGGAAUCCACAAUAGGCUCCUAUUAAAACAUACUGUUUCUCAUGCUUCUCAUUAGUUGGUUUUUUAUAUCAAAUUAUAUUUCAUGUUGCAUAGAUUUCAACACAUAGUUAUACCUCUUCAUGCAUGUUCAAUGGAUAUUUUUUGCAUAUGUACAUGCACACAUUGUAUCAUGGUGAUUAUGGAUGGUUAAAGCCUUUAAAUUGCAUAUAAUAUUUAAUAAAGUAAUUAAAAAUUCUCACUUUCACAGAAGCUUUCACUAAUCGUUACAUAUGUUAAACAACAUACCCGCCCACCACCCCAGCUCACUUUUCUUGUUGUCCCCUGCAUAAGCUAGUGUAUGUGAUCCCUGCUUUCCAUGGGUGCUGCUGCCCUGUCACUACACGGACCUUUGACACAGUAUGGCCCUCAGCUGGGUCCACCUCUGCAGCGAUCACAAGUGCUCUGUGCGCAGAGGCAGCUAACACGGCUGCGGAUUCUUUCAAAGAACCCAAACUACCCUUGCCUCAGCUUUAUGGUUACCUAAAGUUACAUUUUUAAAAAACAAUAAGAAAAAAUUCGGUAUCCUUAUCAACAUCUGAACUUUAUUUGUCAUGAGUGUUUCGUAUUUUACAUUUUCUGUAAUCUAGGCCACCUAAUAAAUACUUCAGUAUGUUUGACUCCGCUCCUAUAGUGACGAAAGGGCUUGUACUUGUCUCAGGUCUACCUUUUCCUGUGGCACUGGCUCUACUGAGGGGUCAUUUUGUCGUGGAAGGAGAGACAGUCAUGGGAAGAUGAGCCUCCGGUGCUGGGGAUCUUUCCUGCCACAUCGCAGCAACUCUCUAGACGGGGAUUUCUAAGUUGGCGAGAUAGGCAAUAUUUGAGUGACCAGUCUGAGAACUGGGGAACCCCUGGAGGGGAGCACAGACCAGAAGAUAACCCACGUUUAUUUCUUAAAAAGAAAAAAAAAGCUCUGGUGGUAAAUUUUGAUAAGAAUACUGUAUGUAUAGGACAACAAAAAUAAUAAAAUCCCUUUCUCGUUUAUUUAUCC